AAUUAGUAUUUUUGUGAUAUUGUCAUCUGCAUAAAUUCAGGGUCUCUGAUCUUGUUGUAGAUUUGGUUACCCCAGUGGUUAUUUUCUUUUUGGUCUAUGUACUCCCUCUGCUCUUAUAAAUAAUAUUUUUAUCCCCACCUAAAUCUUAAACUGUUUAUCCCCACCUAAAACUUACACUAUUUGGUUUUUACACAGGUUAUUUUAAAAAUCUUGUGUAUAAUUUGUUUCUGAAAGUAAGUUGGCCAGUAACCAUGAAAUCCCUCCUAGUUAUUACUGAAAUCCUUCUCUGCCAGUUCUUUAAGAAAUUAGAUCAUCUCCAGAUGAGUUGUUAAUAAAAAAAUAAAUGCGGUAGCCAAUAGCAUAGAUAUCUUCGGGCUCUUGGCCAAAAAAGAAGCCAUCUGUGUAAAAGAAAACAGGCUAACAAUUUUGGACUCUGGUCUCUGUGGCCACAUUGAGCGUUGACCUCACUGUUAAUUAACCCAUAUUAAUUGUUUUGGGCGGGGGGUUGUGUUCUCUCAGCACGAAAACGUCUUUUCCCCAUUCAAACCACGUGGGGUUAAAACAAGAAAACAAAAGCCAAAACUGCUCCCCACACCCAAAGCCCCUUCUGUCAGGGCUCCCAAGUAGACCCGUGAGAGCUGUUAGAGGGCUGAGAAGGGCCGGUCAUCAGCACAUACCAUACAUAGGUGGAGGGCUUGUUAUUCUCAGUUUCCCGCCUCAGAGAGGAUACCCCUAUUGUUUCUGAAAGUGCUGACCAGGACCCACACUUCCAACUAAAAUUCCUCUACCCCUGCAGCAGCAGCAGCCAUAGAUAAGUGUUUUGAUGAAUUGCAAGAUGGACAGGGCUUACCAUGCCCCCAGCCCUGCUGAUACCAAACGCCUUUAAGAUACAGCCUUUCCCAUCCUAAUCUACAAAGGAAACAGGAAAAAGGAACUUAAAACUCCCUGUGCUCAGACAGAAAUUAGACUGGGACUGCCCGCUUCUGUGCUGUUCCUUCUUGCCUCUGACUUGUAAACAAGACCUAGGAGGACAGGCGAAUGGAAAGUCACAAACCUCUGGGUGUUUGAAAGGAUCCUUGGGACCUCAUGCAUGUCCGCGGAAACUGGAUGGAGAGAUUUGGGGAAGCAUGGAUUCUUUAGCCGGCUUAGUUCUCUGCGGAGUCAGCUUGCUCCUUUCUGCAACAGUGGACGGUGCCAUGGACCUGAUCCUGAUCAAUUCCCUACCUCUUGUAUCUGAUGCUGAGACAUCCCUCACUUGCAUUGCCUCUGGAUGGCACCCCCAUGAGCCCAUCACCAUCGGAAGGGACUUUGAAGCCUUAAUGAACCAGCACCAGGAUCCACUGGAAGUGACUCAAGACGCGACCAGAGAAUGGGCUAAAAAAGUUGUUUGGAAGAGAGAAAAGGCUAGUAAAAUCAAUGGUGCUUAUUUCUGUGAAGGGCGAGUUCGAGGACAGACAAUAAGGAUACGGACCAUGAAGAUGCGCCAACAAGCUUCCUUUCUACCAGCUACUUUAACUAUGACUGUGGACAGGGGAGAUAAUGUGAACAUAUCUUUCAAAAAGGUAUUGAUUAAAGAAGAAGAUGCAGUGAUUUACAAAAAUGGUUCCUUCAUCCACUCGGUGCCCCGGCACGAAGUCCCUGACAUUUUGGAAGUGCAUCUGCCUCACGCUCAGCCCCAGGAUGCUGGCGUGUACUCGGCCAGGUACAUAGGAGGAAACCUCUUCACCUCAGCCUUCACCAGGCUGAUAGUCCGGAGAUGUGAAGCUCAGAAGUGGGGACCUGAAUGUAACCGCAUCUGCACUGCUUGUAUGAACAAUGGGAUCUGCCAUGAAGAUACUGGGGAAUGCAUUUGCCCUCCUGGGUUUAUGGGGAGAACAUGUGAGAAGGCGUGUGAACCGCACACAUUUGGCAGAACUUGUAAAGAAAGGUGUAGUGAGCCGGAGGGAUGCAAGUCCUUCGUGUUCUGUCUCCCAGACCCCUAUGGGUGUUCCUGUGCCACAGGCUGGAAGGGUCUGCAGUGCAAUGAAGCGUGCCAGCCUGGUUAUUAUGGACCAGACUGUAAGCUCAGGUGCAGUUGCACCAAUGGGGAGAAGUGCGAUCGGUUCCAAGGAUGCCUCUGCUCUCCAGGACGCCAAGGGCUCCAGUGUGAGAAAGAAGGUGUGCCAAGGAUGACUCCAAAGAUAGAGGAUUUGCCAGAUCAUAUAGAAGUGAACAGUGGUAAAUUCAACCCCAUCUGCAAAGCAUCUGGCUGGCCCCGACCUGCUAAUGAAGAAAUGACCCUGGUGAAGCCAGAUGGGACAGUGCUACGUCCAAAAGACUUUAACCACACGGGUCAUCUCUCCGUGGCUAUCUUCACCAUCAACCGGAUCCUACCCCCUGACUCAGGAGUCUGGGUCUGCAGUGUGAACACAGUGUCUGGGAUGGUGGAAAAGCCUUUCAACAUUUCUGUUAAAGUUCUUCCAAAGCCCUUGAAUGCCCCAAAGGUGAUCGACACUGGACACAACUUUGCUGUCAUCAACAUCAGCUCUGAGCCUUACUUUGGGGAUGGACCAAUCAAAUCCAAGAAGCUUCUGUACAAACCUGUUAAUCACUAUGAGGCUUGGCGGCAUAUUCAAGUGACAAAUGAGAUUGUUACCCUCAACUAUUUGGAGCCUCGGACGGAAUACGAGCUCUGCGUGCAGCUGGUCCGGCGUGGAGAGGGCGGAGAAGGCCAUCCUGGCCCUGUGAGGAGAUUCACAACAGCUUCCAUCGGUCUUCCUCCUCCAAGGGGUCUCAGUCUCCUACCAAAAAGUCAGACCACUCUAAAUUUGACCUGGCAACCAAUAUUCCCAAGCUCAGAAGAUGACUUUUAUGUUGAAGUCGAGAGGAGAUCUGUGCAAAUGAAUAGUGAUCAGCAGAAUAUUAAAGUGCCAGGCAACUUGACUUCAGUGCUGCUUAACAACUUACACCCCAGGGAGCAGUACAAAGUCCGAGCCAGAGUCAACACCAAGGCCCAGGGGGAAUGGAGCGAAGAUCUCAUCGCGUGGACCCUUAGCGACAUUGUCCCUCCUCAACCAGAAAACAUCAAGAUUUUCAACAUCACAGACUCUUCGGCUGUGAUCUCUUGGACCAUCCUGGAUGGCUAUUCUAUUUCUGCUAUUAUCAUCCGUUACAAGGUUCAGGGCAAGAAUGAAGACCAGCACAUUGACGUGAAGAUCAAGAAUGCCACCAUCACCCAGUAUCAGCUCAAGGGCCUUGAGCCCCAGACGGUUUACCAGGUGGACAUCUUUGCAGAGAACAAUAUAGGCUCAAGCAAUCCAACCUCUUCUCAUGAACUGACGACUCUUUCUGAAUCUCAAGCACCAGCAGACCUCGGAGGCAGGAAGAUGCUGCUCAUCGCCAUCCUUGGCUCAGCGGGAAUGACCUGCCUGACGGUGCUGUUGGCCUUUCUGAUCAUGCUGCAGCUGAAGAGGGCAAACGUCCAAAGGAGAAUGGCCCAAGCCUUCCAAAAUGUGAGGGAAGAACCAGCUGUGCAGUUCAACUCAGGAACUCUUGCCCUGAACAGGAAGGCCAAAAACAACCCAGAUCCUACCAUUUAUCCAGUGCUUGACUGGAAUGACAUCAAAUUUCAAGAUGUGAUUGGGGAGGGUAAUUUUGGCCAGGUUCUUAAGGCUCGCAUCAAGAAGGAUGGGUUACGGAUGGACGCUGCCAUCAAGAGGAUGAAAGAAUACGCUUCCAAAGAUGACCACAGGGACUUUGCUGGGGAACUGGAGGUUCUUUGUAAACUUGGACACCACCCAAACAUCAUCAAUCUCUUGGGAGCGUGUGAACAUCGUGGCUACCUGUACCUGGCCAUUGAGUACGCCCCCCACGGCAACCUCCUGGACUUCCUGCGAAAGAGCCGAGUGCUGGAGACGGACCCCGCGUUUGCCAUCGCCAACAGCACUGCCUCCACGCUCUCCUCCCAGCAGCUCCUCCAUUUCGCAGCAGAUGUGGCCCGGGGUAUGGACUACCUGAGCCAAAAACAGUUUAUUCACAGGGACCUAGCUGCCAGGAACAUUUUAGUUGGUGAAAACUACGUAGCCAAGAUAGCCGAUUUUGGAUUAUCCCGAGGUCAAGAAGUGUAUGUGAAAAAGACGAUGGGAAGACUCCCUGUGCGCUGGAUGGCGAUCGAGUCACUAAAUUACAGCGUGUAUACGACCAACAGUGACGUAUGGUCCUAUGGCGUGUUACUAUGGGAGAUUGUGAGCUUAGGCGGCACCCCUUACUGUGGGAUGACGUGUGCAGAACUCUACGAGAAGCUGCCCCAGGGCUACAGACUGGAGAAGCCGCUAAACUGUGACGAUGAGGUGUAUGAUCUCAUGAGACAGUGCUGGCGGGAGAAGCCUUAUGAAAGGCCCUCAUUUGCCCAGAUCCUGGUGUCCUUAAACAGAAUGUUAGAAGAACGAAAGACCUACGUGAACACCACACUUUACGAGAAGUUCACCUACGCGGGAAUCGACUGUUCUGCAGAAGAAGCAGCCUAGGACUGACCACUUUCAUCUGUAUAUUCUGUUUCCCCUUCACCGGUGUGAGAGACCCUUCAUGCCUUGAUGCUCAGCGAGCAAGCCUCUGCCAAGAGAGGUGACAGAAAAUGGACAUGUAUAUAGAUUGUUGCUUGCCUGGGACUUUGACUGUAAGACCCGUGUGUGAGUCUGUAGCACCUUCUGACUAGGACUGUAUAUACUAUUUUGAGUAAGAAUGUGCUGGAAUCAGAAUGCCUGUUUGUGGUUUCAUAUACAAUAAUAUAUUUUUCUAAAAACAUGGACUUUAUGGGAAGGUGUGAGAGUACAAUUAGUGUAGUGCAUAACUCAUUAUUGUCCUAGGGUUUUUUUAUAUUUACCUAUAUAUUGGAUGCUCUAAGAUGUUUCACUGUGUAGAAGAAAAUACUAUUAGUAAACCUGUCAGCACAGGUGAGAAAAAGGAGGGGAAAGGUAUGAGUUCUAACAGGACAUGGAUUGAGGUCUCUUAAAUGUUAACCUAAGUGAUGUAAAGAUGUUUUUCUAUCUCUAAACAUUCCCCCUCACCUGUAGAAGCCAUCCUGAUUCCUUUGUUAAUUUGACAACUUUUUCAUGUGUUUCCAGAGCCAACAAAUCAGUCCUAAACGUAGACACUGAAAAACUGACUUAAAUCUCAUUCCUUAGAAGCCUAAGAACGUUAAGAAGUGUUAGUGUGAUAAGCUAAUAGGUUUUAGUUUCUCGGAUAACAUCGAUGUGUUUGUUAAGAAAUUAAAACAGGAAGCUUGUAGUUAUAUUUGGGAGACAUGUGACAUGUAUCAUAGCAGAUUAACAUCCCUACCUGUCUUGCACGUUGUAAAAAGUUCUAGUUUUGAUCAGGUGUGAGUUUACCAUUUAUAUUGUAGGCACAUGCUAUACUGAGAUCAUAUAGUAAGUGAAUAAAUGCCUUGCCUACCCA